AUGGAACCAACAUUUAUUUUGCAAUUGGAUAGUAGUCGUCCACUCAUUGAUAAGCUACAAGUAAAUAUUUACAAGACUAUAAAGAACGGGAAUUUAGAUGAAUUAAGGGACUUGCUUAGUUCAUCUCAAGCAAAAAUCGAUCUUGAUUGUUUGGACAGUUCCAGCAAAACAGCUUUACAAGUGGCAGCAGAUCUGGAAGAUUCUUCCGUUCGAGAAAGAAUAAUUACAGCGCUAUUGAAUAACGGGGCCAGUUUACAGAUUGGUUUGCUGAAUGCAGUGCGUCAAGAAGACGCGAGGGUAGUGAAAAUACUGCUUCAAUUUUAUGAUAAACAACACCAGACAUCGCCACGGGAAUCGAUCUCCGCAAGAGGCAUAACCGCUCAUAUAACACCGCUAAUCUUGGCGGCCUGUUUGCAGAAUUUUCAAAUUGUCAAGCUUCUUCUUGAACAUGGACUCACUGUCGACGUUCCUACAGCUGUUCGAUGGUCGAGAGACUCCACUGGAGCGGUCAGCGAGAAGCUCGGUCCCGCAGUGUACCGUUUAAAUGAAUACCGCGCACUGGCCAGUCCUGUGUUUAUCGCGGCGUCUUUUCUGCAAGACGUGCAACGUGGUCUAGACCCAGUUCUUCAAGCUUGUACCCUUAACAAGCAACUCCGUGACAUGGCCCAGCAAGAAUACGAAUUUAGGAACGAGUACCUUCAGCUAUGUGAUGGCUGUGAAGAAUUCACUGUUUCGCUCCUAAAUGAAUGCUGCACAAUGGAAGAGAUCAGUUGCGUUUUGGAAACAAAGAGCGAAAGGAAAAUGUUGUCUAAAUUGGAGAUAGAUUCCCUAAACGUGCUGGAAUUUGCUGUCUUGACAAAAAAUAAGAAGGUGUGUUGUUAUUUAUCUAUAAAAGGAUCUGAAAAUAGUGGCAAUAUAAUCAAUAAAAAUUUAGUGCAUUACUACUAUUGAAAAAGGAUAGUGCAGGUUCUAGUUGCGCCUCUACUUAUUUCAGGACAUAUAAAUCUCAAAUUUUUACCGUGGAAGCAUCCCACCAGAGCUCCUAGUAAGCUCUUUCGUGUUUGGAUUAGCACCCCCUACUCUUAACCUUGCUUCGCGCUUGUUGAUAUCAAAUUGACCACCAAAUCGAAUGGUGAAUAUUUGUGAGGUGCAGGAUGUAGAUUACUGAAGAAAAAGACCAAUAUUGGCCAUGACGUCUCUAAAGGAAGAGAGAAAUCAAAAUCGACGUCAAGGUUAUUUAGCUAAAUUUCGUCUUUUUUCUAAAAACAGUUCAAAUGGUUUUGUAUGAUGGUUACAAUCUCCAAAGUUAUCGUCUUUUAAAGAAAUUAUAAUUUGGUGGAGGGUUUUUGUAUGUUACGAUGAAACGAUCUGCCUGCUUGCUUGCUUGCUUCUUUGCUUUCUUGCUUCCUUGCUUCCCUCCGAGCAUGCUGGGAGAUUAAUCAAUUACACAUUGAUUGGAACGGACUUCAAUUACUGAGGAUCGGCCUCAACGCACGAAUUUGCCAAAACCAGAAAACUACCAAGUUGGGUUUAAAUUUCGUAACUGAUCCAGGGUAUAAAUAUUUUUGAGCAAAAACUAGGUUUUGUUUUGAUUAUCGUCCAUCAAGCUUAAACUGCGUGAAACUAAAUGCGAUGGUGGUGUGUUAUUAGAAAUCGCUGAAACAACAAUAAGAGCUAAUCUCGUUCAUAAAAUACAACUAACGACUCAUUUUAACCUUUCAGUUUGUCAGUCAUCCCUACAGCCAGCUGACACUAAAUUCCGAAAUAUACAAAAGCGCGCCUUUCCUGGAGGUGAAAAGUGUCUGGAAGGAGUUGGUGUUAAUGAUACUAGUGUCCGUCCUGCACCCACUGAUUUUCUUGGUUUGGUUCAUUUUUGAGGCCUGUUUCCCCAGAAAUAAACUGACCAGUAUGUUUCAAUCCACUCGUGUAAAGUUUCUGCUCUACUAUACCUCCUAUCAAACAAUUAUUUUCCUGCUGGUUUUCAAAUCUGCUACCACGUAUCUGAAUAUUGAAGAAACAGACUUGCUAACUGGUAAGAGAUGUGAGUCAAAAUAUGGUAAUCUUUCACAAUAAACUGAUGCACCUUUUAGCGCUUCAUGUGUUGCACUAGACUUUUUCCCCAAAGCUUUCCUUGGGGGAAAUAGCUUCGGAUGGGUUCUCUCUGGGUUUAGAUCACUUUCUUGUUUGCCCACUGAGGGGGAGAAAAAAACUUGAAACCAGUUUCACUGUAACAUAAAAGUCCUUGUAAACAUUGAAAAGUGACUAAAGCGUAGAACGUUUUCGGUAAUCUCACCCUAGCCUUUGAAUGAAACUUCCACAUCAAUUACUCUUAGUAAGAGCAUUGAAAUAGGACUUAAAUUUUUAAAUUUAAGUCCUAAGUCAAUGCUCUUAAAAGAGCUUAAAGAAAACGUCAUUUUCAGUCGCCCAUAAAAAAGGCCAAAAAAAGUCUAAAAAAUCGGUUCUAUGGACUUCUUAAGGAAUGAAUUUUCAUCCACUGUUGUAAAUUAAACUUCCGAGUGUUCCAAGGUGCCUUCAAUUGAAUUUAUUAAAUGCAAAAACAUUCAUCCCAGCAGCGCUCCAAAUCCUUUUGCGUUGUCAAACCUUUACCAACCAGCAGCGUGUAAGAUUGGAUUAAGCGUCAUCAUGAACACAGAACGUAAACGACACUUGAUUUUUACUGUUUGAUUCUCCACUCUUUAGUUAUUGGUUGAGCCGCCCUGGGUUCUUAUUAACGCACUGAAGAAUGACACGGCCAUUCUUGGGCUCUUUUUAUACGUAUCUUUGGAAAUCUCCCUGUGGCAAUUUCACCUGGGGAAAAUCGGUCACACAAAAAGUAGUUCCCCCUGGGCAACAGCCAUUUUCCCAGGAGUAAUACGGCUAGUGCAACCCCACCUAAUGUCCGUUAUCGACGGUUUUUCCUUUUUCUUUCCACAGCUUUGUAUAUGUAUAUCGAUGCAUUUAUGAUUGGUCAAACAGUGGAUAUUAUAAAGGACAUUGUCCAACAAGGAAGACUCCGCUUUUUUUCCUACAAUUGGAAUUAUCUGGCCGUGGCGACAGUGGUUUCAUACGACCUCAGUUAUCUACUCGGCCUAUCUCCGCAGGUGGAUUUUAUAGUCCCCGACACCUUGAGAGUUUUGGCCCUCUUUCUGGCCUUUUUCAACACUUUAUCAUUUCUUGAAGCAAACACCAGUAUUGGUCCACUGCUAAAUGCAUUUACACAGAUGCUAAUUGAUGUUGCAAAGUUCUUUUUAUAUUUCAGUUUUGUUUUUCUGGCAUUUGCUCUGAGUUUAACUGAGCUUUAUACACUGAUUGAACGAAAAGGCCCUUUCCUUGCAAAGCCAAAACAGGAAAGCAAUCCUCUAAAACUUGAAAGGUGCGUACAACCAUGCAAACGUUCCUAUUUUCUUGUUCGUCUAAAUUACAAAUAUAGUCUUACUGAAAUAGACAAAACGUAGGACUGACAUGGUUUGAAGCGUAUUAUAAUUACAGGCGUUGACAAGACAACAAACUUAAGGUGGCUCACAAUCUUAUGGUAACUGUAGCAUUUUAGUCUUUCGACUGCGAUCGAUCAAUAUUGAAUAUUACAACGCUUUUUCAGAUGAUACUUCAAUCAAUAAUGGUACCAGCAAAUACUUACUAAGUUCAUACAGACUCAACUUAAAGUAUUAAUAUAUUAUAAGGGGAUUUAAAUUUUCGCCAAGUUAAAAAAAUACAUUAUUUACUUGAUUAAACGCUACCCUCAAACAAACUCCGCCUUUGACUAAACAACUCAGAUGGAUGCAAAAUUUCCUAUUGCAAAUGCUGCCCUCGAAUAAACGUCGCUCCCGAUCAGAAAAAGGCGGCUUUAACUCGACAACGCGGUCUAUCGCAAGCCAGACAAUUGCGAUUCUUCCUCAGCAAAAGAGGAAAAGCGAAACAAUGAAACUUAAAAGUAUUUCUCUUUUACAUAGUAUUUACUGAUGACUUGACGUGAUUGUUGUCGGUCACUUAAGGAAUAUGAUUUGAAAAACGCCGCUUCGAAAACGGUAAAAAUGUAAUAAAGACCGCGGCCUUCUUUGAAUGUACCUUAUCUAGUCAAGAGCCUCCUCAAAAUUACAAUCAUUAUUAAUUUAAAAUAUUUCGCCUUUUCUAAGUGGCUUUAAUCCCUCGGCUAAAUCUUCAUUACCAGCUGUCACUCACCAAAUCUGGAAAAUGCGCACAGGCAUUCAUUAUGGUCAAUGCAAUGCCUCUGACGUCAAUGAUUGUAUAUUGCCCACGCAGCAGCCUGGCUGGUUUCACUCGCUUCCAGAGCUCAAGAAAAUGGGGAAAGAGUUCGCUGUCAUCCGAAGCCGAAACAGCCGAAUGAAUGACCAAAAGUAUACGAGUACAAAAAAAGCUCGAUGUUAACAUUCUCAAAGUGUACCGAGAAACUGCCAAUGUUGUGAAGAAAAUUUACGAGAAGGUAUGGAUGGAAACUGGGAAGACUCGCACGAUGCGCGGACGUGUUUCAGAGAAGUGCGCAUUUUUAUUCUUUCCGCUUAAAGAAAAAUGUCAAAAAAGGAGGCGACGAGGACAGUAGAGCUGUCAUACGACGAAGGCGUGAGGAAAGGAUCAGUAAAGCUCACCCGACAUACCUCCAACUAAGUCAGCGAAGACGUUUGGAGAGCUGAGCGACAUUGAAAGUGAUGUUAAGGUGUGGAUCGAUGAGCUUUUGGAAGAAAAUUGAGCUUUAAGAAAGCAAUACAAAGAGUUGAAGAAGCCCUUAGAGUUCAAUAACAGCGAGUUAGAGUCCCUUAACAGGGACCGCGCAGAGGGAGGGGCUGGGGGGGCUUUAGCCCCCCCACUUUUUUGCAAGAAUAAAAAUAAAUUUAACAAAAAUAAUUUAACAAAAGUAACGGAGUGAAAAAUAGCAAAAAAUCGUUAAUUCGAAAGUGACUAGAGUUACUGGCAAAGACAAACGAGCAGAUAAAUAGACAGAAUGAAGCAUUAGUCGUUAAAAUUGUAAAAUAUUUUUUCGCUUCUAACCUAGCAGAGGUAAACGUCUUUUAAAUGGCUUCUUUUUCCUGCGAACCUCUCAGGAAAACGCGUUGUUUCGUAUUGGUCAAUUUCGAUCCGAAGUAAUAACUGGGUUUAGUUUAGUGGGCGAUUCUCACACAUUAUGAGUUUCAACCUUGAUUUUUGGAAGAUCAUGAAGUUAUUGUUUCUCUUGUUAUUGUGCGUCCUGAUUUUAGCUCGAUCAGCGCGAAGUCCGUCUUUUUAUGUCAGGCUUCACGGCUCGUUGAGCAUUCCAAUUGCAAGUUUUGUUGAACGCGGUCUGUUUUUAAAAACAUUUUGUCAUCGAAAGUACUUAAACCGCAGAAUUGUGUAUAGCUCUGGUCAUCAAGGAACAUUCAAUCCGGCGGUUAUUACGAACAAAGAAGUGCAUGGUACACGGCAACAUAAAUACGAACGACGAGACUUCACAUACCACUAGUAAUGCAAAGAAGAGAUCUCUUAAAAUUUCUGAUUACUUUUCCAAACAAAAUGGAAAACCUUCUUUAUCUGGUGAGUAAACUCUGCAUAAUUUUUGCUACUUUUUUCUGAAUCUAUAAUUGAAUUUUAAUUCACUAAAUUAUUUUCAGUUACUGUUUUGUUUUGCCGUGUAAAUAUUUUGAAUGAAUAAUUAAACAAUUAUUGAACUCGGCUUUCGUAUGAUAUGAAGAUAUACAGAUCUCGGAGGGUGUUAUCCACCGGGCUCAGGCCUUAGGCUUUGGCGGAUAACCCCCUCGAUCUGCAUAACUCUUCAUAUCAUACUCAGCCUCGUGCAAUAAUUGCUCAGUAAUUAUACAGCCUUGAGUUCAAGGGCAGCUCAAGCAAAAUCGUUGGAUUUCUGGCUUAUUUAUAGUAAUAAAAGGUUGAUAUCAGUAGUAUAACAUAACAAUCUAUGAUAUUUCAAUUUAGUGAUGGUGAAUUUUCAGACCCGAUAGCAACAUCACUUAAGAUGUGGAAAAAAUCAAUAGUUUUAUCGUUAUUCACAUUCUCCAUCACUUAAGAGAAAUUGAAUAGAAAUCCACAAGCAUGCCCCCCCGGCCCCCCUCCCCCCCCCCAAAAAAAAUUUCCUUCACGCAUUCUUCUUUAGCCCCCCCACUCGAAAACUUGCUGCGCGGUCCCUGCUUAAAGAAGAGAAUGAGAAAAUCAGGGAAGAAGUGGCAUCGCUCAAAGAUUCACUCCAUGACACGUGAGACUGAGGACGUCGACAACAUGCACGAGGAUCUUGGAACGGUAAUCAAACCAACUUGACGACUUAGAGCACUACACACGUAAAGUGACAAUCUAGAGGUCCAUGGAAUCGCCGAAAUUGCCGACGAGAACAUUGCUGAAAAUGUCAUCAAGUUAGGAAAAAUUGUCAAUGUUCAUAUAUCACCAAAAGACAUUGAAAUUUGCCAUAGAAUGUAUAGCAGGAACGAUAAUGGUCCAAAAGCUAUUAUCGUUUGUUUUCAAAUCACACAAACCGAAGAAGUACUUAAAAUCAGUCAAGUCUUAGUCGGUAUUUUGCUGCUACAAACAACUAAACUUUAGGCGCAAGUUGUUUGCGAAAGUGAGGAAAUUUAAAAAAGACAAUCACUUCGAAAUCGCCUGGACAAUAGACGGCAAAAUGUUUUUCAAGAAAACCAAGCAGGAUGAACCAAAGAGGGUUUUUGUGGAAGAAGAACGGAGAAGCCUUAGUUAGUUAAUCGUUUAUUAUUAUUUCCGUUACAUUCUGAAACUUCGAGAAACAGCAAAUGUUCCGAAGAAAGUUUACUAGAAGUAAAGGAAGCCGAACUGAGAACUAUUUUAAAUGAAUAAUUAUUAGUAAUUUAAUAUUCAGCUUUCUUAUGAUAUGAAAAACUAUGCAGAUCUAGACGUUUGUUAUAGGUUGAAAUAAAUGACAGUCUCGUUCAAUAAUUGCUAAAUAAUUUUGUUCUGUUUUUAGGUUAGAAAACAGUGCAAACUUUAUAUUCUGGGCGUUUUUCGGGAUGAGUCAACAUACUGAUCUUAAGGUGGAAGAGUCGGAGGAGCCUUACCAUAACAUAACGGCCUUGAUGUUGUUUGGUUUGUUCAACAUUGUAGCGGUUCUUGUGGGUCUUAACACGUUGAUUGCAAUACUCAAUGAAUCCUACACACGAGUUAAGGUAAUUUAUGAGCCGUUC